AUGGCAGCCUCGGUAGUGAGGGGUGCCCUGGCACUGUGUACGAAUUUUACUCGGCAGGUUGCUUUUGUCCAGAAAAUUCCUUGGACUGCAACAGCCGAUGAGCUGAGAAAACACUUUCCUCACUUUGGCCAUAUAACAAAGUGCAUUCUUCCUUUUGAUAAAGAGACUGGCUUGCAUAAAGGUAUGUGUUGGAUUUACUUUUCUUCAGAAGAAGCACUUCAGAAUGCAGUGCAACAUGAAAAUCACGUAGUUGAUGGAGUAAAGGUCCACAUUCAAGUUCAAAAACCAAAAAUUUUGCAAGGGGAUCAAACAUCUGAUGAAAGAGAAAGAUUUCUGAGAUGA